AUGGCUACAAAAACGGCCAAACAAACUAUGGGCUCAUCCAAUCAUGUGGAGAACCUGGACGACAUGAAAAUCGAAGCGGGAGAGAACUAUGUCGCGGAGCAAAGAGAGCAGAUGCGAUUGUUAAAUGCUCGCAUUGUCCGCAAGUGGUCCUGGGUACUGAACUCCUUUUACAUUACAUACACCUGUCUAGAGUGGCUAGUUCUUUGCUGGAAAGUUUUCCCAGCACACAUCUACGUGACAGGAUUAUGUCUAUUGUGGGGCGUUUGCGCAAUGUGCUCAGGGCUUGUCCAUAACAUGGCGGGCUUGAUCGCUUGCCGAGUAGGGCUGGGUGUCCUGGAGGCAGGAUUUGGGGCUGGCGUCCCAUACUACCUAUCACUAUGCUAUAAACGUCACGAACUGGGUACACGUGUCUCUAUCCUGCUUGGGUCCAGCCCCAUCGCCAACUGCAUUGCAGGCGCCAUCGCAUAUGGAAUCUCCCAAAUUCGUUCCCACAUGGAGCCCUGGAGGUUAAUAUUUUUGAUCGAGGGGUCGCCGUCAAUUGUCAUUGCGCCUAUUGUCUGGUUUGUGCUGAUGGACUCUCCCUCGACCGCGAAGUUCUUCACAAACGAAGAACGCACUUUCGCAGUAGAGCGCAUGGAAACUCGCGACACAACGCGCAAGAGCUCACUUUCCAGAGCUCAAUUAUUCGCCGGUCUGACGGACUAUAAGAACUACUGCCAUGCAUGUCUCCAUUUCUGUUGCAACUAUUCCUUCGCCGGGUUGUCCAACUUUCUUCCCACCAUCGUCCACGAGAUGGGCUAUGAUUCCGUGCAGGCACAGGGCCUUACUGCACCACCAUAUUUCGGUGCGUUCCUAUCCAGCAUACUUGUGGCAUGGCUCUCGGACCGAUAUGGAUCGCGCGGGUGGAUCCUAGCCAUCUCCGCCAGUGUCGCGACCGUGGGGUAUGCCCUGUUAGCCACGCAGACGGGAACGGCAGUGCGGUACGUCGCCAUUUGGCUCACUAGCUGUGGUGUCUUCCCUGCAUUGGCGAUCAACAUGACCUGGAUGCUCAAUAACAAUGCUGGUGACACGAAGAAGGGAAUUGGAAUGUCAUUGCUCGCGAUUAUCGGUCAAUGCUCUUCAUUCUUGGCCUCCUUUAUGUAUCCCAAUAGCGCUGCACCUUACUUCAUCAAGGGAACAGCCAUUGGCUGUGGUCUCACAGGAAUUAUUGUACCCGUCGGACUGGUCCUCCAUUUCUCCUACGCCGCCGAGAACAGACGUAGAGAUCGGGAAUUCGGUCCUGUGCCACAGGGUGAUGGUCCCAUUGAUGUUAGUGCUGUGGGCGAUAAGCAUAAUCACUUUCGCCUGUUGACUUAG